AUGUAUCUCCAAGGUGCUCCGGUUGUCUUGAUCUUGAUAUUCUACAUUUCCUUGACCAAUGCUUACGAACAGGGUCAAUGCAAUUUUCCGUCGUUUUUGGUUUCCAAAUUCUGGUUUUCUGAAAGCAAUAGUGCCCAAUCGCUUGUCGGGAAAUUCGAUCUCCAGAAUCAGGUCAUCCAUGAGCGAAAUUCCUCCAACUUGGAUGUUGCGCAGAGCGGCUGGAGUCAGCUGCUGGUCCACGAGGCCGACCGCAGUGUCCUUCAUUUGGUUGUCGACUACGGCGGGGAAGUUAACCAACAUAGUACUCCGUUCAGUCAAGCUGUACUGCGUGGCGAGCGCCAACGGAGACGGUCUAUCAAGCAUGGACUUAAAACAAUGAUGAAGCCUGAACAACACGAGAAUCUACCUCACAUUCGGCAGUUCAAUUUUAUGUGUUUACGGCCCGGAAGUGCCACUAAGCUUUCGUUUCUAGUUCAAUUUAACCAUCAUAUGUACUCCCACAGAAAUAUGUACAAGUGUUUUGUAUUCAAUAUCCUGGAUGAAACAGAAACUACGCGAGCCUUCGAACUAGAACACAGUUACGUCAAAGAACUUGGGGUUGAUCCCGAUGUCUGCGAUCAUGGCUCCUUUUCCAAACGUACUAGCAUAUGGAUCAGUAUUCCCGGUGACGGCCAUCCCAUUACAAGGACCAAUUGCCCCAUUGUCGGGGGAUUCCAGAUACUUCGAACAACUUCAAGCGAAAAGCCUGGAGACGCUAUUUGUGAUUCAAAAUUAUUCGGUUUCUUGCAAAGUGAAUGCCUCUCUGGUGAAGGAAUGGAAUGGAGAUUUUCCGAUACAAAUUGCAAUCCGUUUGGUCAUCAGCACGUUACUCGCUUCAACUGUCACUCGUCGUGGAGGAAAGGCGGCCUCCAGUACGUUGUGAUCUACCGAAAAUCCAGCAAUCACGCAUAUGAAAUCUACCAGAUGGUGUAUAACCAUCUUCCAGCUGAACUGGAGCAGAAUGUCAGCACCUACGGACCUUAUUCCAGCAUUUGCUUGAUUCGAGGACUCCGAACGACAUCAAUUUUGCAGUCUCUGGCCACGUGUGUCUCUAAUGCGGAGUUAUGGCAUAAUCAAACUGGAGGCGAGCUGAUGCCGCAAACGGAACCAGUAUUCCGAAUUCGUAUGCGUCGAGCCUUUGGUGCUUGUGACGACGAACAAGAAGCUUGUGACAAAGGAUGCAGCUUCAGUCCCCUAAACCAAUACCUCUGUCACCGAACCUGUCUGAAGUUCCUUCACCAUUGUGAUGGGCUGGUGCGGGACCCAUGCAGUUUUCCAAAAUAUCUGAUGGGACGAUGGAACCUGAUCGAGGACGACCAUAGUUGUCCGUAUGAAGGAAGGCCGGUGAAAUACCAUUCGUUAAUCGUCGAACGAAACAAGCUAAUACUAAACAGCCCAACCAUGUCGAACAUGGGACGCACACUUGACUGUGUGCGUUUACGUCACGAGGGAGAUAGACAUCAAUGCAUUCUACGUCUCCCGCAUCAGUCAAACGGUUGUCCUCCGAGGGAUAGUUGCGUCAGCUUUUAUCAACUCUCUCGGACUGACGCGCAACGAAACUACAUGAAUUCACUGAUUUUUACGAUGUCCCAGAGCAGAAGACUCAGUGCGUCCGUGAAUGAACUAUGUGAACCUCGGCAAAACCAGCUCCUACAUUCGCAUAUUUUUCAAACCGACAAAUGGAAAACACUGGUGAGGGAAGUCCCUCUUGUUUCCCAUGACCGUGUGCCACCGAAGUGUGCUCUUUAUCAGAUGGAUUUACGCGGAACCGCAACCUUUGGUUCCAAUUUCUGGAACUCGGCAACAUGUACACAGGAGGGACAGUAUGCUUCUUCCUACAAAACCAUGCCGACUGAUUGGGAGAUGCGAUUGAAACAGUGGGGAUCAAAGGACGAUUCCAGAAACCUGAUCCCUUUACUGUCCGAGUUUUCACACCCGCACGGUAUCAUGAGUCGCAAAAGAAAUUUUGACAACUCAGCGUUUGCGAUCACGCACGAUAACCGCACGGAUUGCUACAUUCGAAUUACGGACUUUAACACUGAACUGGGGUCGACCGGAGAGUUUGAUAGCAAAUUGCGCAUCAAGUCCGUUUGUCGCAAAAAGGAACCCAUGUUCUUGAGUAACGUAGAACACACAUGUCUUUCAUCGCUCAGGCUACACACAGACACAAGCUCCGUGGUUCGGCAUCAGAUGAUUGUCACAUAUGUAGAAUCACUGGGGAAGUACUACUGCUGGUUUUUGAGUAAAGAAGAGCAGAAUAGCGAAACUGGGAUAACUGCGUUCGUUUUUGCGUCACCGCAUUGCCGGUACCGUCGACUGAUGCCGGUCGGGUUUGAGCCAGAUGAAAGAAGGGCAAUCGUGCAAAUGAGCUUAAAGUCAUACAAGAAGAAGUGUCCCGAAUGCAAAUCGUCCCACAGCACUCUCUCUACAAUACAGGACCGGUUUCCGGAUUAUAUGAAUGCUGAUUCCACCAGUCACCGGAGAAACAAUUCACCAACCCACGCAUUGCGUUGGUCUUCGAAACGAGUGAACGAACUGCAGGCCAACCAAUCUCCAUCUGUGUUCGCAUCAACAAUGUUACGGCUGUUCAUGUCAAGCUCAAUCGCCCUUUGUGGCUAUUCAUAAGCUAGGCAUAAUUGUUCACCAUGCUCAUAGACACAAGACUCCAUGGUUAAUCGAAGAGCCAUCAGUAUGUGCAAACUUCCAGUUAUCCUCAAACAUCAUUUCUUG